AACACAGUUAUUUAAAUGAAAACCUUCAAGAUUACAGCUUUAAAUGUAAUGUUACUUGAGGAAACAGUUGGUAGUUGCUAGGAAACAGUUGUUUUUCUAAGUUUAGUUGGAGCCAUAGGUUUAUAUUUGAAACUAUAAAAAGGUCUGCGGAAGUUCAGUGUUCAAUUUCAGACGUUUCACCUGAACAUUUUGCUGUUGUUGGAGAUGUGUAAAGACCUUCAGUCUUAAACAUGUACGGCCCUCCAGUGGAUCUAUCAUUUAAGGAUAUCAACAGUGUCACAGGUGCGCUGGCAGAGGUCCCACGAAGUGGACUGCGGCCUUUAAAGACAAACUCUAAGGGGAAGUAUCAGAGCUGCAGUUUGCGUCUCAGUAACAACAGCAUCUCUGACGUCACCGGCCUUCAGUACAUUCUCAGCCAUUUUCUGGCUCAACCGUCGAAGCUCGGCUGGCUGGACCUGUCGUUUAACAAAAUCACAUGCAUAGACCCGCUUUUGUGCGAGCUGAGUGAAUUGCGUGUGUUGUACCUUCACGGCAACAACAUCUGGAACCUGUCAGAUGUUGACCAGCUGAGAGAGCUGCCGUAUCUACACACCAUCACGCUGCAUGGGAAUGCCAUAGAAACCAACAUAAACUACAGGAAUCAUGUGAUUACUGCCCUGCCUCAUUUGAAGAAGAUGGAUUUCAGUGCUGUGACACGCGAGCAGCAAGUCCUGGCAAAUGUUUGGCAUCACUGCAGAAAUCGUGGGAAGAACACCAGGGAGAGCCUCCAGUGACAGUCACCAAUUCAUUAAGUAAUUCAUUUGAUUAAUCGAUUUUCAACCCACUGCUGAAACAACUUUGGGAGUAAAUAUUUUCUUUCCCAAAAAUAUUUUAAUCCUGUUGAAUUGAUUUAUUAAAUGAUGUCAGUAAAGCUUUCUGAAAUGAUUUUUUUUGUGGGGUUACUUCUUUUGGAGUUAGUGUGGAUAAAUUACAGUAUAAAAGGUAAUUGAUUGAACAACAUAAUGUUAAAAUAACUGAUAACCUAUUUUUGUCCAUAUAAAGUGUAGAUUUAUCUUCACACAUAUUUAACUUACAGUUAGAUAAUUAGCAUUGUGUGUUGUUCAACUGGUUGUAAAAUAUGAGAAUACUGGUCUGUUUUACUUCUGUGUUUACAGAUAUUACUACAUCAGCAGAUCACAAUGGGGCCAUAGACUGUACCUUUAAUGUCUUCCAACCAUUCUGGCCUUUUGAUUUAUUUUCAUUUACUUUUACCUCAGCCCCUUUUUCAGAGUACACACCUUCUACGUGUGUGCCCUUUCAGAGUUCUAAUUAUGUGGCAACAAGAGUGCAAUUAUAGGUCACCUGAACUGAAUCU